UUAAUCUCCUAAAUUUAGUUGCCAGAAAAGCCCAGAGCUGAUCUUGAAAGUUACAUUAGGGAAAAAUAAAAAAGAUGCCCAACAUAUAAAUUCAUAAAAACCAUUUAUUUUGCUCAUUAUCAAACCCUAACUUUUCUUAAUUUUUCCUCCCAAUUUGAAGUUUGCAAGUCUCAAUCUCAGAGACUCCGAAUCCUCAAUUGAAGCAGAUUCUCGAUUCAGUUUCUUAUUGAAGCGCUUUUGAAUUCCGUACCAUCGCAAAGCAGGUUUUACGAUCUUAGAAAGUCAUCAUGAGAUUCAAGAAGGGUGACAAAGUGGAAGUGCUGAAUUUGAAGGAGGUGCCUUCAGGAGCAUGGCAGUGCGGUGUGAUUGUCUCGGGAAAUGGGCACACUUACAGUGUUAGGUAUGAUUGGUCUCCAGAUGUGGAAGGUGAGGCGGUUGUGGAGAGAGUCUGGAGAAAGGCUAUUAGGCCUUGCCCUCCGCUUGUUUAUAGUGAAGAUAGUUGGGGGGUUGGCGAUGUUGUUGAGGUCUUUGAUGUUGGUUUCUGGAAGAUGGCCAGGGUAGUGAAGGAUUUUGAUGGAAACUAUUACCUGGCUAGGCUACUUGGAUCAUUGGAGGAGUUUAGAAUCCAUAAAUCUAGGAUCAGGGUGCGUCAAUUGUUGAAAGAUGAUAAGUGGAUUGUUGUUGGAAAGAUAAAUUUAAGAAUAAAGGUGUCGUGGGGAAAUGAUUGUGUAGAAAACAGAAGUUGUCAGGAUUCCCAUAUUGUUUCAUCUCCAUCAUUAAAGAGACAUUGUCUGUACACUGAAGCAUAUCCCAGGAAGAUGAGACUUACUGAGAGAGAGUGUGGUCGCCAACAAGCUCUUUCUAGGUCUCCAUCUUCACUGCUCAAAAAGGUAGAUGCUGUUGCUUACCCAAGAGAAAAGCCGGAUGAAAACUACAUGCAUACUUCAUUUGUUUGUCCUGCAACUCGAUAUAUUGAAAAGGAGAACAGAAAUUUAAGUGGUGCUAACUCAUGUUUUGAAAGAAGCUCGGAAGUUAGUGAUUGUGAUACUGAUGCAUGCUCUAUUGAGUCUGUUGGUAGUUGUAGUGUUAUUUGUAACAAUUCAAGUAAGAAAUCUGGUUAUGGUUUAGCAGGUAAUAGUGAAGAAGCAGAUACCCUUUCUAGUGAUGCAGACUCCUUUUCUAGUGGUGCAGAUAUGCCAGCAAAUGUUUUCCUUCUUCAGAAACACGAUACGGCAGCAGCAAUCCAUAUGUUAGAGUUGGAUGCUUAUCGCCGGACUCUGAUGGUGAUGCAUGCGUCGGGGUCCUUAAGUUGGGAACAACAAGACUUAUUGACAACGCUCCGGAUGUCUUUGCACAUUUCAAAUGAUGAACAUUUGAUGGAAGGCCAAGGUUGGAGGCUGCUUGCCUUGCUUCCAAAGGUCAAAAGAUGGGGCUGGGGUAUUCCAUCUUAGUGUUUACAGUGCCACUUCUAUUUCCAAUUUUCUUCAAUUAUGAAAAACUAUCACCAGGACUCUGGAGUUGUUUUCUCUGGUUCUUUGAUGUAGGUCUGCUGGGACUGUGGACACAUCUUGUAUUAAAGAAGAGAACUCGGAAAAGGGUCCAAGACAAACUUCAUGCAGUUUAUCUGAUGCCUUUAAGUGAUAUAUCUCUUGCCAAUAACCAUUCUAUUGUUUUUCUUGGAAUUUAUGUUGGUUUAGAUUAUGACCUAUGAUUAAUUUCCAAUUUCCAUGCAUCUUUAAAUUGGAUUGCCAAAUCAAAAUUUUUAAAUAAAUAAAAACAUACAGUGGGCUGCUUCUUGAUUUUGAAGCUAUCUUGGAAGUUACAAAGACAAAUCUUCACGCUUACAUUUAACAUCGCAUUGAAUAUUGCAUUGUACAGUCAAUGGUUGAAGCUAUUUAGCAUGUUGUUCAGAAAAAUCUUUUUUAUAUUUAUAGUCUCUGUUCAGUUCAGGGGUUAGGUCUUAUAAAGGUAUUUUCAAAACAUCUGCCAAAUUUUCCAAGACUUGUUGCUGAAAUAUGAGGUUUAGAAGUGCAUCAUGAUUCAGGUGAAUCAUUAAAGAAAUUUUCAAGUAGAUCAUGUAUCAGGAAAGCAGGAUAGUUGAUAGCAGGUGGAAUUGUGUGGUUAAUUUUUAUACCUGGAUGUAUUUGUGAUACUACGUUGGAAUUUAUUGUGGUAUUAUUUGCCUCUCAUUAAACUGGGGAAUGCUAACAUUUAUGUUGAAGAAGAAUGUGCGUUAUGGUGUUGCCAAAGGAAGGGAAGAGAGAUACCUUGCAGCUCGCCAAAUGCUAGUUCAUCAAAUUCAACCAAGCCUUUGUCUCAACGGCAUAAACAUAUCUAACUAAGGUAACAUGCAAAUUUUCUGAAUAUUUUGGCUCAGUUUGCAGUUUUGUAAGAAAAUGACACUACAUCUCAUUUGUUCCCCUUAAAGGGAUUGGUUUUCUACACAACAUGAUGUGGAUUCCGUUGGAUUUUUGGCAUAUGCAUAUGAACUGAAUUAGGAGAUUCUUAGAGGUUAAUCAGGUUAUUACCAACUGAUUUGUGGGGCAGUAUUAAGUACUGAAGAACAUUGACCACAAGUAAGCCCCUAAAUAGUCCGGGGUGCCAUAGUUGGGAGAAAUAUUUUAGUGUCACAUGCCCUCAUAGCCAUGCAAGUCUUAGCUGUCAUAUAUAUUCUUUGAAGCAUGUCCUCUAGUCUCGGAUGUGGGAUUAGCAUUGAUGGGAUUGAACAUUUGAGUUUAUUGUUUUACUGAUCUUAGAAGUGUAUAGGUCUUAGAUUGCUGGUGUUGCAACUUGAAUGGGAGUGGGGAUCUUUGAUUUCUUGUGUGCUUUUAAGAAACAAUAAUCAAUUCUAGGAUUCUUUUGUUUGAGGCUCAUUAAUAAGGCUGCUGCUAUAUAUUCCGGAACAGGAUGAUUGCAUCUAGUCAUAAAUUCAAAUUUCGGUUACUUACUUUAUAUGGUUUCAACCAUGACCAAUAGUGCAAGUUCUGGUCUAAUAUCAUUAAGUUCUCAUUGUGACUAAUGGUGCAUAAUUUCUGGUCUUGUUUGAUUUUAAUGGGAUUUUGGAUUAUGCUAUUCCACCUUCACCACCAGGGUUUACUAUCUGGUUUUUACAUCUGACCAUGUUUUUCACAAACCUUGGAUCUUGAAAGCUUAAGGUACCAAUUCCUUUCUGUUCUGCCUAAAGGAAAUGUAGCGACGAUGUUAUGGGUGUGUCUCGGCAAAUUUCUAUUGUGAAAUAUUUACUCCCUCAAGUCCACCAGUGUUUGCUAAACUUGACUUUUACUUGAGUAGGGACAAAUUGUAGGAACGAAGAAUAGGCUCAGAGGCAGUAGUAAACAAUUAUGAGCAAUCCAAUUGAGGCAAAUUCAUAACCAGACUGAGGAAAGUUUCGAUUUGUUCAUUGUUUCUGUACUUCUGGUGACAGCCUGGAUAACAAAAUACUGUAGUGUGUACUAAUCUAUUGUUGGGGUGGUUUAAACAGUAGAUAAUACAAUUGGCAAUGAUUUUGCUCGAUAUUACCGAUUAAAUUUAUUUGGAACU